UUUGAAGCGCAAUGAACGUUUUUUGGUAUGCUGGAUAUACUUAGCUAACUAUAGUUCACCUUGCACAAUGAGACAUAUAUGAAGCAUAAUGCUAAAUGGGUACCCAUCAUCGCUUCGAAGUGCAGCGUAUGUUUUUUUGUGUAGGCUGGCACAGGCUACUGACCUCCCCUUGCAAAAUUCAAGUAUGGCUGUGAGGGGGGCUCUCGUGGUCGAUAGAAACUGUUGUUAUCUGCAGUAUCUCAAGCUUGAGGAACGCUGCUACUUACUAAAAAUGAAGUCAGAGGAGCUCAAUUUAGAAAAAUAUGUGAAGCUGGUGCUUGAGGAGGAGUUUCAUAGAGAUGACACAUUUUUAACCGAGGAGGAACUCAAGACUAUGCUGGCAGAAUGCUCGAAAGACAGCAGACAAAGAGAGUCCAUCAUUGGGUACCCUUCGUAUCCUUUGUACCGAGAAGUGGGCAAUAUGCUGAACCUGUGGUUGGAGAACAAACAUUGCCCUGCCCUGGACUUGCCGCGUUUUGAUCUCCUAGAUGAAAAGAGCCAUUCUGAACAGAGAGAAGUGACUUUUUCCUCCAUCAUGCCCAUGUUGGAAGGUCUCCAGACCUUACAUGAUUUGUGGACUGAGGAGGAAAUCAAGUACAGGGUGAGGCAGGUGCUGGUUCUGUUGGGGUUAAGAGGUAUUCUGGAUCUCCUGGGGAUCAGAAAGACGAUUGGGACGAAAGAAAUGCUUCCCCCCUCACGGACUGCCCUUAUGGCUUCAUUCUGUGCCAAGCAUAAUGAAAAGUCAGAGCUAUCUGUUGGUGCAAGAGCUUUGUCUAAACAUUUCCACCGAGAUCAAUCCUCAUCUUGGUGGGGUGACUGCUCUGGCACGGACGCAGUUAAAAACCGGCAUGCGCUGGAAUUGUGUACAAAAGUUCUGGACAAUGCUGUGUGGAUCAAUAUCCACUGGCUGCCCCACGAUGUGUUCAUCAUUGAAGCACGACAAGCUCAGGGGUAUGGUGUGCGCUGGUCAGCAGAUGCCAGCAUGUUUCGUGGUUUCCUCGAGCCUCAGAUGGUGGAUGGCCAUGAGGUUGGAUGGAAACAUUGAGAUUGGAGCCAUUCUUUGGUCAUUACAGUGGUAUAUGUGCUCCUAUUGUUUCAAAGGAGAGGACGCUAAAGUCCAGAAAUGUAAACCUUUUUCCUUUCAAUUUUAUAAUCAACUUGUCCUGUUUUAGAUUUUUUGAAGCAUUAAAUUAUUUUCACUAAUGAUUGAAUGCCGCAAAAAUUUUGGCACUGAAAUGUAGGCUACACUGUUGAAUUUCUUGUACCGUACUAAAUUGUCACUCUUCUUAGCUCAAGUUAGAGAAAAGUCAUGUAGGAAAGACUUCUCUCUCUGUUUUUUAACACAAGCAAGCAUAAAUGCAGUAUGUAAAAGCAAAAGAAAGGAGAAAUUUCAGAAAAUGUAUGGAGCCUUCAGAGCAGAUUACAUUCCAGGAACAAUGUUCAUCUUUCUGAUUCCAAAUGUGACAUUUCUACCCAUUAUCAUAGUUCAGCCUGCUGCAUGUCCAGUUAGCUAGAAAGGUACCUGAAUCAUCAUGUUUCUCAGAUUGCUAAUACGUCUUUAUUUAUUCCAUCCAAAUUACUGUCAAGCCUAGGGUAAAUGUUUUAAUUAAUAUAAAGUGGUGGCACUUGUAAAAGGUUCUGCCUCUUACCUGUCUAAGCAUGCUUUAAAUUUCAUCUUGAUGAAGUCUGAAAGCACGCUUUGUUUUCAUGAGGAUAAGUUCAAACUGUAAGAGGUCAUGAAGAACUGAUAAAGCUACUAGGAAAAUCGUUAAAAUUUAAUGAUCUGAGAAAGUUUACUUUGGAAAAAAAACGGAUUUUUCAUUAUCCAUUUCAUCUUGUUUGGGAUGCUUGUAAGACAUGGUUUGAUCUAGAUAAACUUGAACUGUUGUAUCAUACCAUAUGUGUACUAUGUAAAUAUUUUUGUCGUAACACUUAUAAUUAUGUGCCGUCUCAUUUAUAAUUACUGAUUGUUUUCUUUUUUCCCCCUAUAUUAUGGGGAGAAAGGAGUGGGUGAGGGGAGGAAGGUGUCCAUGGGUGAGAAGAACGUUAAUAGACAGUCUGACAGAUAUUUACCUUAUGAUAUUCUCUCUAUAUGAUAUUCUUUGUUGUGCAAUAUCUUCAGCAUUCUGUUCAAGAGGCUACUUACUUGUCCAGCUCAUCAUUCCACCAUGGUGGCUGGGUGAUUACCACCUGAUUUAUCCUCUUGACUGGGAUUACCUUCUUCCUUAGUCUCCUAAAGGAUCUUUGCCUUGGACCUUAUAUACGCAAAAAAUCCUUUGUUUUCUUGGCAGUGUUUGCAGGUUUCCUUGGCUUGACAAGCAUGGUACAUGGCAAUUGGGCACUUCCAUGAUACCCAAAGACCCGCCAUGUACAAUCUGAAGCGCUUUGCAGUGAGACCUAGGCCAGGUCAAUAGCUCCAUCAGUGUCAUCUGCUCGUUAUGUUAUUCUCAUAAUGCUUCCAUCGUUGAGGCAUGUUAGAUUAUAUAGUAGUGCUGUCUGAUUUUGAGGAAACAGAAAUUCUUCGAAGCUUAGAAGCGUGACUAUUCAUGCUAUUCGAAUACCUCUGUUGAAUGGUUUUUUUCUUGAAUAUGAUAGGCCCAGACCUAACCUCUGCUAUUCAACAUUCACUGACUAUUCACAGCGCCGUCGAAUGUUUUUUUCUAUUAUUAUUAUAAGAUAAGCCCAGCUCAAACUUCUGCUAUUCAAAGCACAGUCGAAUUGUUUUUUCUUAUAUAUACGAUAAGCCCAUCCCUAACUUCCGCGAUUCACAUCGCCGUCGAAUGGUUUUUUCUUAUAUGCGAUAAGCCCAGAUCUGACUUCCGCUAUUCUAAGCGCUAUCGAAUAAUAUUGGUUUUUUUUAUAUACGAUAAGCCCAGACCUAACUUAAUAUGAUAAGUCCAUCACUUUCACAGCACCAGUCACUGAGCGCGCGUGUGUUGUUAUUGCAGGCAGUACCUUCAUUACCUUACAUAUUGUUGAAAGGAACUCCUUUGUUCUGUUUGAAAUUUUCUUUCUGUUCAGUGUCCUAACUUGGAACUAAUGCUUCAUCUUCAAUACAGCUCAGAUUGUCUCAUGUCUUGUUGGGUGUGCUGGUCUUUUCACUGUCGCCUGAGCAGAUACAUGGGUUGAUGACUGCUGUAAAAGGGUGCACCCAUAAAAGUGCACAUUACACACACACACACAAGUGAAAGCCAUGCGUGUCAGAAUGCUAAAAAUAUAUACCACUGUUUGUCGUGUGUUCUUUUUCCCUGAUAAAAGCAGUAGUUAUACUUGAACUGUUUAAUUUUAGUAAGCACUUAUGGCACUUUCAAAACAAUAAGGUAAUAUGAAUGCCGAAGAUGAGGUGUUACAAGAGUGUAAAAAAACACAGAAAAGAAAGAGUAAGGAGAUAUUAUAAGGACUUAAGACAAAUGUUUGUUGAUCGGAAAGAAGAAGCAAACCACUCCAGAGCACCCUCCAGCCACCCACAUAUUUGAAUUAAUGAUAUAGUUUUUAAGUCUCGGAAAUUCCUUUGGACAGAGUUAAUACCUUCCUGAACACUGCUGCCAAUUAACACACUCUACUACCCUCAAGCACAUUGCUAGUGGAGGCAAGCAAAGUAUUACUUGGUGAGAGAAAUACUGUUUUUAAUUUAUUAGGAAAGCAUUGAUAGAAUCGCUAUUUUGUUAUACACAUGUAUUCGUCUUUUUAUUGCAAAAUGAAUGCUUUCUAAUCUCAUUUUUACCGGAACUUUUGCUUUUCAGAUGUAUCUUCAUCUUUGAAAAUUUGUUGCCUUAAGCUUGCUGAAUAUAAAAUUCAGUUUCGUAGUACACAGAAUUAGGUGCUUUAGUUUCAUGCCUUCUUCUUUCCAUUUUGUUCUUAAGAUUUACAAUGAACUGGAGGAGUAUUAAAGACUUUUAUCUUUACAUUGUUAUCAACGUUACUUAAUCUGCUGCUUUCACCAUUGUUUGGUCCUACUUCUUUACUUUCCCUCUUUUCUUUCUAUUUGCAUGUCUUGCUUUUUCUCAGCACUUAGUGGUAGUUAUUGUGUCGAUGCGCUUCUCUUUACUCAAACUCAAACUCUUCUUCUUAUCGCACAUGUAUACAUGGUGUCUUUGUGAAGUGUGUCUUUGCUGUAUUAUUAUGUGCCAUACGCUGUGGGAAAUUUUAUCCACAUAUUAUAAAUCUGUGAUUUGGAAACUUGAAAUUGUAUGACAUACCUAGGUAUCACAUUUUCAAGGGCUCAAUAUUUUAUUUUUACUCGAUUUUUCUUGUUUGUAACUGUAUCAGUGACAAGAUUGUAAUAUAAUCCAUUUAUGCUCUAAAUAGUUUUGUUCCCAACCCAGUUAACCUGUCAAAGUAUUAUAGAUUGUAGCUUUCUGUGUGUAGGAUUUUGUUGCAAAUAAUAAAAGACCAUAUUCAAAUUAA